UGCUACGAACGACGUUCYRGACGGARUUCGUCACCGAUUCGACCCCUCGUCGUACGCCCAUCUGGCGAGUUACAUGCAGCCCUUGCCARAUGAUGAGGAGUGGGUGCGCCCCCUUCAACCCUCCCUCUSGCAUGGGGGUCGACACAGACCUCCUACGAGUCCGGAGGCAGAUCRGGUGAUCGUGGCAGUGGGAUGGGUCCGAUGUCCACCUUGUUGACGGAAGCGCGGGGGGCGGGAGGUGAUCCUUUGCAACUGCACUUGUCGUSGGCGKGCACGAUGGAUGUUUCAAGAACCGUUCUCGUGGAGCACAGCAGUCGGUCACARGGCGGUGUGUCGGUGACAAUGCAGGAUGCCYGAGAAGACGGRCURGAGACACARCAGCYGCCGAGGUCAUCGUCCGCAUGCAUGAGCAGCCAUAGCCGACCGYCGGCGUUCUCGACUCMUGUCAGCAAUGGGGCUCCCCACACUGUCMUGAAUGGAAGAGUGACGACGGCGACUGCGGCAGAGUCCCCACGAGUGAUAGAGAGGAUCAUAGCGCGGUACUCCAGAAUGCGUACGGACGUCCAACGCGASGAUGGAGGUGACGCGAAYGCUGACGGUGAGGAUGUGGCGGAGGACUGYAUGGAUGGCGACGAUGAGAGCGAGGAGGAUGACGAGCCUGCUGUGAAGGAAGUCACAUCAAAGGGAGGGAAGAAGAAGGCAAGCAAGAGUCGUGGGAGGUCGAAGGCGAGGGAGGAAGGGGGGGAUGCGGAUGGCGAUAGUGGGGGAGGGAGCACGCAGAAGCACUGGCAUUUGGACGAAUCGCUCAUCCUCGUGCGGUGCAAGAGGGACAUGGUCCCUAGACGAUUAUAUGGCGAGCCAGGGCAACAACUUCGCGCGGAUGAAGACGAAGACAUGAAAAUGGAACGAGAUAGCAAAGCGGAUGGCCCAGCAGGGGGUUACGAAUAGAGAUGGGGAUUCGUGCAUGAAGAGAUGGGGAUUCGUGCAUGAAGAGAUGGGAAAACAUUUUCGGGUGGUACAUAAAAAUUUGGGACAGGAAUAAUAAGAGAGAUAAUUGAGCAUGUUGUAUUUUAUUUUCUUCAUCUGUGCAAGUUUCAAGAUAAGGAAUACACAUAGAAUAAGGAAUUAUAGGUGUAUGUUGAUAUUUAUAUUUAGCUAGAUAUUUGUGUGCAUGUAAUGGAUGAUUAUCUAAAAAAUCUUAUAUAUCUUCAAAUAUAGAAGAUUUAUUUGACUGAUAAAAGUGCAUUACAAAU